AUGAACCCUUUGAUUUGGGGUUCACAAUGCACAGCUUCCAUUUCAUUGCCCGCAGGACUUUGGUGGGGAGAGCAUCACCGAGGGAACCAUCAUGGAGUGGCAGAUGCUUGGCCUCAAGACAUAUGGCCUAGUGAUGGACCUUUUAAUGGUGUUCGAGAAGGCCCAUCGGCAUUGGUGAAACAUGGUGAAGCCCAACCACGGGGAGGUCAAACAUUCGUGGUUUGUUUGAGUGAUCGGAGCAUCUCACAAGUGGUGAUAUCAUCCUUUCUGAUCAAUAUUUCAUUGGAUUUCCAGGUUCCGCCCAAAUCCACCCGGUUCCACGCCUCUCGCGAAAUCCGCUCGUUUCUCUCUCUCUUCCGCGUGCCUACAGGGUUCGUGCCCACCCUCCCCGCGAAGGACCGAUAUCUCCGGAGUCAUCACCGCGGUGAAAUCAACACGUCUCUGUGCGCCAAACCGAUCUCUUUUCGCCGCCGGUGGGCCGCCGGAGGGCCGCGACUCCGGCGUCGCGUUCCGGCGUCGCGGUCGCGUUCGCUGAGGAAGAAAGUGGGGGACUUCUGUGCCAAGGACGAGAUUUUGGCACUCAUCGAGACCGACAAAGUCACCAUCGAGGUGAAAGCGCCUGAGAACGGAGUGCUUGAGAAGAUCUUGGCGGAGGCCGAGGCCACGGUGGAGAAGAAUCAACUCUUGGCCACCUUUACGCCUGGCGGAGAGCCACCGAAGUCAGCCGCGGCGCCCGCCGCGGCACCCGCAGCACCUGCUGCGGCGGCGGCAGCGCCGACACCGGCGGCGCCCGCCGCAGCGGCGCCAACACCUGCCGCGGCAGCAGCUGCCCCAGCAGCACCGAAGGCUGGCGGGACGCCACGCGGGACGCGACGCGACGCCGGUGCGAUGGUGUUUUGCAACACCUCGGCCCUGGCGGCGAUCACGCUGAUCAUCCAUUGCCGACAAAGCCCGGAGGUCUGCGAAUUGCGGCUUCCCCUUCUGAUGGAAUACUCUGCUUAUUUCAAGAAGACCGUGAUUUUGCUGGGCCAAGACUCCAAUUGGCUGCCUCAAGCCGUGUUCUGCCCUCAGGCGGCUGGAGAUCCCUACUCGUGCAUCGCAGAAGAGAUUUCGCGGUCCAACGAUUCGGAUGGAAUUCUCUACAUGCAGUUUGACGUGAGCAUCUCUCCCUGUGAGAUGGCUCGACGCUUGGAGCCCGGCAAGGUGGGCACCUUUGAGAGCUUGUCCGAGAUGUACAUCUCCUUCGCUCACUUCGACCGAUGCAACACCGAUAUGAAGCUGCGCUGUCUUUGGUAUUACUGGGAUACCAAGAAGAAUGAGACCCGGAAUCGGAUCUCGAGAUCUGUGAAGGCCAUGAGACAAAUGACAGGACUGGGAAACUUGUCCAUCCUGGCGAAGCUGGAUACGGGGAUUUGGCGCCUUGUGUCAGAUCUCUUCUACGUCCCAAAGGCCGUCUUUCCCAUCUACGUCGCCUUCGCAAAGGCCUUCCAAGAGAAUGAUGUCUUUCACGAGAUGGCCUCUCCCACACUAUUGGCGACCUCUGCGGCCAUCGCCAAUGUGGGAAGCCAGAACUUUGGCUGUCGAGGCACCUGUUGCUCAUUGGUGGGACGCUCUGAGAUCUUAUCCAAAGGCUUCCUGUGUGGACACAAGGUGGACUACCGCGACCCGGACGUCCUCAAGGCCGUGCAGCUCCUCGCCACGCAGGAGCCGCGACCGGUGCGCUCCGUCGAUGCGCUCGGGCCAAGAGUCUUUGAGGCUCCUUGUGACAUGACAUCCUUACAAGAUGUGACUCUGAUCAUCCACUGCCCCCAGCAGCAGCUCUGCUACAAGAGGCGUUCGAUGCUACAGGAAUACUUCUUCUAUUUCAAGCGGGUUGUCUUUUUGAUGAGAUACGAGAUGUGGACGCUGGCACACACAUGUUCCGGAGAAGCUUACGCUUGCGUGGCUGAAGAGAUCCUUCAGAGCGAGAGUGUUUUGGUCCCAGGAAUUCUGUACAUGAACUUUGAUGUGGGGAUCUCUCCUUGUGAGAUGGCAAGGCACUUGAAUGUGACUAAGAUUGGCACCUUUCAGGAGCUACCCAAGAAGUACAUGACCUUCCAAGAGUUGGAUCAAUGCACUUUGAAUCGAUCGGGGUGUAUGUGGGAUGCUUGGCAGGUGAGCCACAGCAAAGCACAGAUCCUCAAUGUCACGGGACGUUUGGACACACUCCUUGACCGCGCGCCGGGCCUUGGCUCAGCCGGGCCGGUUGAGAAGACAAAGGCACUGCUGCAACGGAUGGCCUUUCAACGCUUGAAAGAGGGCACGUGGAUCGGCUUCAGUGGGCUCUAUUACCUUCCGAAGCAGGUCUUUCCUGUAUUUCAAGAUUUGGCUGCUGCCUUCAAGAAGGAGAAUGUGUCCAAUGAGAUAGCAUCUCCCAGUUUGCUGGCCUUGUCAUCGAUCAUCUCCCAGGUGGACCUUCAAAGCUUCAACUGCAACAAUGACCCCGCUCAUCUUGGUGAGCGACAAGUGGUCUCCAAGGGCUUCAGAUGCGGACGUGGCUUGGAAAGCGAUGCGAGAACGAUGAGGGGCCCCAUGAAAGGCUUGGAGGAUUUGCUGGCUCACCCAUCGAAGUAUUCGAUGCCCAAGAAGAAGCCCUCCAUGGCUUUCUGUCGCACUUCCAGCUUGGCAGAGGUCACCUUGGUCAUCCAUUGCCGGCAGGAGCCGCAGAUCUGCCGCUUGCGGCUUCCUCUUCUUUUAGACUCUUGGGGGGGAGGAUGCGUCAGUUGA